GGGUUUCUUGUUUCCCUCUUGCUCGUCGACUACCACGACGUUGGCCACCACACCCAGGGUCGCCCCUUUUCAGUGGGUCUUUCGUUGAACGUGUUUAGACAUUGCAGAGGAGUGGUAUGCCGCAGAGCAGCCGCGCGUCCAGGCAUACCGACGAACGGGAACGGGUCAGCGAGCAGGAGAGCAAGCGUAAUCGAGGUGCUAUAUCUUGCGCAGAAUGUCGCAGACUGAAGCUAAAAUGCGACAAGACCGUUCCAUGUUCAUCGUGCACCAGACGAGGUUGUGCGUCCAUAUGUCCCAAUGGCAGCCUUACCACCGGACAGGGUACACGAUUCAUACUGGCAGAUACAGAUCGACUGCAUCGCAAGAUUGUCGAGAUGAGCGAUCGCAUACGGCAGCUAGAAGACGCCCUAGCUAUCUUGCAAGCUAGCAUGGGCUCGCGCGAACCUCAUCCUCUUCUCCACCGCGACCUGCUCGGUAUAAAAUCGGGGCUUGAAUUGCAUGCUGCCAAUACGAGCGGCACUGGAUUGGAACAGCAACCAUCGACAAAGGAAGACGAAUCCGCGUUAGAUAUAUUCGGAACUCUUGCCGUGCGUGACGAUGGCAGGGCAACCUUCUUUGGGAGCUCAGCCGGUCAGGAGAGCCUACUUCUCGAGGAAAACAUAGAUUGUGAGAGCCCUCAGGUCCCACGCGCACCAGAGUCUUUGCCAAGAGCCAUUGUUCGUCUGAAUUCCACCUUUCCAUCCGCGCCUACCGACGCUAUCACUUCGGAUCUUGAAGAUCUGUUAGAGUUUCUGCCCCCUUGGCCCCGUGCUGCUCAACUCUGUGAUCUAUACCUUGAACAGGCGCCAUGGUUCUUCGGACCAGUCACUCGCCGACAACUGCUUGAUGAACUUCUCCCUAUGUUCUAUCCAGAAAGUGAGGCAGCAGCUGAGACAUCGAAUACACCUCCGCCGUCUGGCACCACAGUUACUUUCCAACUCCCUCGUUCAAAAUCGAACUCUGGCACACCACACGACCUCGCCCUGAUGUUCGUCGUAUUCUGCUUCGGCGCUCUGACGGACCCCAUCUUACCUCCUGCACCGAACAACGUUGAAGCUAACAGGUACUUUGACAUGACCAAGGCAGCAUUGAACUUGAAGCCAGUAUUGGAUGGAAAUCCCAGUGUAGCGACGGUGCAGACGUUGAGUUUAAUGGGUAUCUACCAGGGGAUGGUCUCGGAUGACAAUAGCAUCGAGAUCACCUGGGCCUAUAUGGGUUUGAGUUGUCGGUUGGCGCAAAGCAUUGGCCUUCAUCGAGACUCUGCUCGAUGGAAACUUUCAACCAGCGAAGUUCAAAAGAGACGUGCAUUAUUUUGGGAAUUGUUCAUCACUGAUGGCUUCCAGAGUCUCGCCACUGGUCGGCUGCCGACCUUCUCGCUUCCAUUCGUUGACACAGAACUUGCCGCCGAUCCUGACGAAACCUUGGCUGAAGAUGGUACUGCACAACCUAGCUUUCCCGCAUGGAAGGCACGUUUCGGCCAAGAAUGCAUCGCUCCAACGGUGCAAGCCACAACAAAGGCACACGCGCCGAAGUACUCCGUCAUCCUUGAACUGGAUCGGAAGAUUCGUGAUAUGGAGUUACCCAAGUAUGCAACGGAGCCACGACAGGACGGCGCAGGCUUGAGCAAAACAAUGGCGCACUACAUGCCUAUCAACUAUCGCGAGCUGACACUGACAUAUGUCCACCGUUGUUACUUUGCUCAAGCUUUAAGUGAUCACCCCCAAGAUCCUUUGCGUAGUCCUUAUGCACCGUCCUUCUUGGCAGGCUAUCGUAGCGCCUGUGCUCUGCUUCUGUCUAUGCAAGAACAGUUUGAACUCUUCCCGGUACAGCUGGCAAGGUUCUGGGUGCUCUGGACACAUGCGUUCUCCGCUACAGUGAUGCUUGCAUCAAUAGUCACCCAUGGAGGAAUUACGAAGACCGCUCAAGCGGCCAUGGGUGAGCUUCGGAUGUCAUUGGAUCUCUUCCAGAACGCGUCCAAGUAUGGUGGACGGGCGGUGAAAUUCGUGCCUAUCAUUCGUCGUUUGCAUGACAAGGCAUACAAUAGCAUCAACCAAGGGUUCAAGAUGCAAAAAGACAUAUUCACACCUCGAAAUGUUGACGGGGAGAAUCAAGACGAGCUUUCCAUCUUCGGUGGACGUACGCAUACCGUCAAGAGCAAGACCACGAAGCCUUCAAUGAAACGUUCUGUUUCGCGUCGGCGCACAUCUCCCAGCGCAGCUUCAUCGUCUGGUGUUCCAUCACCUCCCGAGUCAUCCCGAUCUUCUCAGUCUCCCGCUGUCACACCGUCAAGCUCGCAGGACCAGCAUCAACAGGCUGGCCUCCCUGCACCAUCGUAUUACCACAGUUUGGAGACAUAUGGAAACUCGGUGCAUCCUAUGCUUGUGGACCAGAUGCGGUCGUUUGAAGGACAGUUGGAAGUUCAGAUCAGCAACGCUGCCCAAUACUAUCUAACGCCAUCAAGUUCUGCAUCGUCAGUAGCGUCUCCGGAGACCGUCCUUCCCACCUCCAGAGCUCCCACUGCUGAAUAUCCGGGAGACGCUGCCCACGGCUGGCACACUGCUGAGCGUACAGCUCAUCCUCCUCAACCACCUCCUGACAUUUAUCACUAUGCUGAACCGAAUCAACAAGCGCUGGUCCCCCCACAGCAACAUACUUCUCAACCCAUGUUUCUUGCUGAUAAUCACCCUCAACCCCAGCCAGUCAUGCAUACCAUGCCAAUGUACGGCGGUGCAGAGAGUAAUAUUAUCCCCCUUGCUUCGUCUUCUCAGGAGCAACUCCAAUACCCAGAGUUCUCUAUGUCGAUAUCCCGUUCCGCUUCUCAGGAAUAUCAGCACUUUGAUCAGCCAGCACAACCGUAUUCACAAACAUGGAUGACACCGUCGCAUUCUCAAUCGGAUGAGCUGUUGCCGGUGUAUCCUACCGAAGGAGCUGCGUAUGAGCUUGGUGCCAUAAACACUAGCCAGCUUCCGGCAUCUCAAUACCAACCUCACCAUAUCACUACACCUACGCAUUCGGAAUCGCUUGGACCUCAUGGACACUAUCAAUACCAAGUUCCUCCGCCUUCGCAAUCAUCGAGCCAACCGCCACAAUACUAUCCGCAAUACCACCAGCCGAUGGUAUCACCGCCAGCACCAGCACCAACGGAAAACAUCAUGCAUCAUCAGCAUCAGCACCACCAGCAGCCAUCAGCGGGAGUCCUCCCUGUUCACUCGGGUGUACCGUAUAGCUUGCAGGAUGCUUGGACGUCGUUCAUGCAGCAGGAGUUGCCCAGGCCUGGAUCGGACUCUAGCCGUUCGAACACUCAUUCUCACCAGGCUAGGUAAUACAUUUGGAGUUCUGCAUCUCCCCUUCUUUUAUCUAUGGAACAUCAUUAUUUGGUGCGCUUUGCUUUGGUGUGUAUAAUCCCGUUGAGGUUUCUCUGUCACAUAAUUGUCUGCACUCUGCUCUUCCCGUUAUAUCUCUUGCUCGUCUGAACAUCUGUCCUUAAAUUGCGUUAUUCUGUGUUAUUUGUUCCUAUGCCUCUUUUCGUGGACUGUUGUGAGUGUAUCGUGCUGUACUGUACAUGUAAAAGUAGAAGACAUCGUUAGAGUUGAUGUUGUUCUAGUCUUAAUGCUUUCUAUACAUUCGUCCCGUUAUUUUAGAUCUGGAUCUUGUAGGUUUGCACUGACUGCCUGGGCCCUGAUCAAACAGCUUGGGAUCGCUAUCGGGAAUUAUACUUACAUGCAUCC